CGAAGGACAGAAGGGAAAUUUGGGACGUAGGCCAAUUCAUCCGCGUUAAAGAAAGGUGUCCCGUCUCCGGCAAAAAAGCCAGAGAAAGAAAGAGGAGGUCGGAGUUUGGGAGGAAAGAAAGGCAAGUCCGGUUAUAUUUAUUUAUUCUUUGUAAAUUAUUCUUGGUGUUGAUUUUUUUUGUACCAUUUCAGCAGGUUCACGCUGUGCGUUCACACAAGUUAAACACAUUUCCUUCAAGACGUUCUUCAUAGUUUUUUAGGCUUUGUUUUAAUUUAUGAUAAAAGUAACAGUCUACGAACGAGGUGAGGACGAAAAAAAAACCUGGCAGGAUCUAACGUCUUGUUCCUUUUACUUUUUUGUUAUGAGUGAAAAGUGAUAGACUCUUCGAAGAUUGUUUCACCUGAGCAAUUAAAAAAAAGAGAAGUUUAUAAAAUUACAAUCUUCAAGACGUCUUUUGUUUGGUUUUGCUACUUUUGCACGACGAAUGCCGUAACCUGUACCCAUUUCAUCCGAGGACGGAAGAAAAACCGGCAAAUAUUUUUGAUUUAUACGAAAUUAAUCGAAAGCUAUUUAUUUUAACCGAAGAAAGUGAUCCGCUUCUUUAUCGGAUUCAUCAUUCACUUACCAGCCAGAGAUCACAAAAGAAGAAGCAGGAGCCGCAGCCUGUUACUGCAGGAACCGCUAUAUUCACUGAAUAUAAACACUGAACGGACAGAUCAGAGGACCUGAAUGAUAAACGCGGUUAUUGAUUACCGUCCAUAGCAAAACGCUGCGAUCGGUGCCGUUAUUUAUAACUCUUAUUAAGUCCUGUUUCACCGUUUUAUGCGAUCUUUUCGCGUUCGUUAAGACUACUUGGUCGUUAUUGUGGAAAAAUUAAAUGGAUUUGCUGUCGGUACCUUGUGGUAGUCGCCCUGUUAAACCAGCGAUGACCGCACACCUGCUAUUCAGGCAUGACUGUCUGCUAAAAUAAUUCUCCGAACAUGCCGUAACUCCUAUUUAUUUUUAAAUGUAAUAUUUAUUUGGUGAUGCAAUAUACACUGUCUAUACUCUUCAACUGCUGUAGAAUUACUUGAAUAUUUUAACUGCUUGUCUUAUUCUAUAUUUAUUUUAUCCGCCCUGUUAACUUUAGUAGUGGCUAUCAGUAAUACUAGUAAGUGCGUUGUUAGUGGAUUUGUUUAAGCAUUAAGUGUAAAAUGGACCGCUUUAGCAGUAAGUGGCUGGAGAAAUUAAAACGGAAUGACACGGGUAGUGUUAAAUUUUCAAUUUCUAAAAAGAAAGGUGACUCGGGAAAUGCAAAUAACAACAACAGUGCAAAUGUGCCUGUGGCCACCGGCGUGGCGGUUGCUUCUGCUCCGUGCCCUGGUCCCGGUCCCGGCCACGGUCUGGGCCAGCCUGCCCUACCCUCACCAGCAUCGGCCGAUUUGUGUGGGCAAGGAGCUAGAGGCGGUGGGCAAGGCCCUCAUGUCCAGCGGGUGUCUCCCACCACAGUCCUACCAGAGAGCAGCUGGAACAGUGAGCAUCACUGUAACACCUCUGCUGCUGCGAAGCUCCGGAGACGGCCGCCUCAGCAGCCCAGCCAAAGGAAUGCGGUCGUCCCCGGGGAUGCCAGGGCGCCUGACGUGGGCCGGUGUAGCUUGAGGAACAGCUUUUCUGGGCUCAGUGAGCAGCUGAGGCGGGACCUGAUCCUUACAGAGGCAGACCCGGCGCUGUCGGCUCUGGGUAGCGGAGUCAUGCGACCCCUGGGCCAGCGCCGGUACUCCCUGGAGCUUCAGCAGCUCGUCCAGAGGCACCAGCUCCUCUCUCAGCCUCCGCCGCGGCCGCCGCUAUGCUAUAAGGGUGAUGGCAGUGCCCCGCUCGGGUACGGCAUGGACGAGCCGGGCUUCCCACUGGAACAGGAUCGCUACAAGAGACUCUCCCUGCAGGAGACGUUUACCUGCAAGCGGCAUAGCACAGGUGGAGGAGAGCCGUGGGAGCGGCCGUCGUCCCUCUCGCAAGCGGCAAGCCGCACCGCUGAACAAGGUGCUGCCAGCUGCUUUCCAGGCCUUGCCCUCAGCCCCUGCUCCUCUGCCAGCUUGCAGGAGUCCCUGCUGGCCAGCCCCCGCUCCAGCUUCGCCAGCACCGCUAGCGGUGGGAGCCCCAUGGGCAGCCGAUGCAGCAGCAACCGCACCAGUGGCAUCAGUCUGGGCUUCGACACACGCUGCAGCGCCAUGCAGUUCUCCUCGCUGCCACCAGGGGGCACUGCAUUCGCAAGCCCAGGUCACAUGGCAGGGGUGAGACCACAUGCUCCCUCUGUGUAUCUGGAUGGGGCAGCAGCGGGUGUGGCACAGGAUAGCCGGCAUUCGUAUCCCCCUGCAUCAGGAGGUGCUAACACAGAUCCAGGGGACCAGCGGCCAGUGCGGGGGGUUCCCAGGGACCGACUGCGCUACUCUGACCUCCUGGGAACUCAGUACCAGGAGGAGCUUCUUUGCCUACUGCGGAAAGAAGCUGGACUUCCCCGAGAGACCCAGGCAGAUGCUCAGCGCCUCUUGGAACUCCUGGAGGAGCUGACCCUUAAGGAGCAGCUGCCAUCUGCAGGUCCCCCCAAUCCCAGUGAAGAUCUGGGACCAGGCAGGGAUGCAGCUGAAAGCCAACAGGAGUACUUUGGGACCUGUGUGAAGUGCGGUAAAGGUGUAUAUGGGGCCGACAAUGCUUGCCAGGCGCUGGACAGUCUCUACCACACCCGCUGCUUCACCUGCGUUUCUUGUGGUCGCACCCUCAGAAACAAGGACUUCUACAAUGUCAGUGGAUCUGUGUACUGCAAGGAGGAUUACAUGUUCUCAGGGUUCCAAGCAGCAGCAGAGAAGUGCAGUGUGUGUGGACACUUGAUCCUGGAGAAGAUACUGCAGGCUCUGGGGAACUCGUACCACCCCAGCUGCUUCCGCUGCGUUGUGUGCACCAAGGCCCUCGAUGGCGUCCCUUUCACAGUGGACUACCUCAACAACGUCUACUGUGUCUCAGACUACAACAGAACUUUUGCUCCAAAGUGUGCUGCUUGUCUUCAGCCCAUUCUACCUGCGGAGGGCAGUGAAGAAAUUCUCAGGGUGGUAUCCAUGCAGAAGGAUUACCACUUCGAGUGCUACCACUGCGAGGACUGUGGGAAGCAGCUCUCUGAUCAGCCAGGCUCCCAGUGCUACCCCCUGGACUCUCACCUCCUCUGCCACUCGUGUCACAUGACGAGGGUGUGCACCACGCAUAACCUCCCCUUGCACAGCACACCGUGAGAGAUGUCUGAGGACGUAAGAUAUGCGCAGCUCUUAUGCCCCAGCAGCUCACCGGCGCCUGCUAGUGCUGCACUAUGCUCAGUUUUCCCAUCAGUGUAGCUGCUGGGCCUGUUUGAAUACCUAUGAAGCGGCGACCCCAGCUUACACAGUGCAUUCAGUGGUCAUCAUACCUGCACUCUCUGGCGAGCCCUCGCAUGCCUUGGGCUUGGACGCAGUGCCAUUGUGCUGCGUCUGUGCCUGGUUGGCCACACCGCGCUCAGACAGGAGUAGGCAUUUACAGUCGGAUGGGGCACUCAGACAGAUGCCCCAAUAUGUCAGUCAGAACCGGAAAUCAGGCUGAAUUUAGACCUACGUGCUUCUGCAAGAACCGUGUCACAGAUGGGGGACGUGCUGCUGUGAGGAGUCCUUAGGAACAUUUUUGCCUGUGUCUGACCAAGACGACACAUGGCACAGAGGUGUAUGUGCUCAGUGUUCAGAGGGUUAGCUGUAAUAUUUUUUACUACUGCUUCAGGUCUGCUACUUAUAGUUGUCACAAAGGGACUUUUGCUAAGUUUUUUUUGUUGUUAGCAGUUAUUUUGCACUUAAGUAAACUUUCCCUUUUUUUUUUUUUAAAGACUUCUUAAACAUUCCUGUGUGUAUUAAAUAUUUAAAUUGCUGAAAAGAUUGUCUUGUCUUGAGGAUGCUCCCUUGCUAGAAUCUCUGAGCAAAGAACAAACACUGCAGUUUCUUAUGUCACCUGUUAUGACUCAAGUAUACUCAGAAUGUUUAAGUAUAAAUUAUACUGUAUAGUAUGUGUUUUUUCAGUGUUAUAGUGGUGCAAAGCACCAGCAGUCCCACCAAUCAGUAACUCCCUGUUUACAUGCAUGUGAGUGGGGCAAAGCUUCCAUAUCCCACUGGGGUGAAGUGAUGACUCAUUCAUCUUAAGAGUUUUUGGUUGUGAUUACCCAUUUUUAACAUAGCGAACACCAAAACUGCUAAUGAAACAGGUUGCUGUCAAGUAAAUAGCUGCUCAAGUAACAUUUUCCUCAAGAGGAGUGGCAUUUGGUUUACAUGUGAUAUCUUAGGAAGCAAACUGACCCAAAUAUUUCACAUAGCCAUGACUGAUACUCAGUAACUGAGUGCCCUACUGUCAUUCUGAGUUUUGGGAACUUAGUCAGUGGUGACACAGGGUGGCAUAGUGAGUACUUUCCCCUCUCACCCCUGCUGUAUGGCCAUUGGAGUGGAUGGGGCUUUAUCAAUAUGUGUACUUCACAUCCCCAUCUGAUGCUAUCUUCCAUUGCCAAAGUACAGUUCCAAUACUCAGGAGCUGAAGUGUGGGGGACAGUAAAGAUCCCCAGAUAUCAAAGAUGAAUCGGCUGCAUCCUCACCAGCAAAAACAUUGCUGUGAUUCACUGAACCCCAGGUUCGCUCAGGACAAGUUAGGAAGUCAAGUCACUUGCCAAGAGCACAAGUACGAUCUUUGCCGCCUUAGUAUAAACAAAUUUUUUUUGCUGCUCU